UCCUGCUAUCCACAUGGUUCGAGAGGGCCAGUAUGUUGGUGAUUCUGCUGAACUGUGUUACUCUGGGGAUGUUUCAGCCUUGUGAGGACAGCCACUGUGACUCAAAGCGAUGCAAGAUCCUGGAGGACUUUGAUGACUUCAUCUUUGCUUUUUUUGCAAUUGAGAUGGUAAUCAAGAUGGUUGCACUGGGCAUCUUUGGGAAAAAGUGUUACCUUGGAGACACCUGGAAUCGACUAGACUUCUUCAUAGUAUUGGCUGGGAUGCUGGAAUAUUCUCUCAACCUACAGAAUGUUAGUUUCUCCGCAGUCCGCACAGUCAGAGUUCUUCGACCCCUUCGGGCUAUCAACCGAGUGCCCAGUAUGAGAAUCUUGGUGACGCUGCUGCUGGACACACUUCCGAUGCUGGGAAAUGUUCUGCUGCUUUGCUUCUUUGUUUUCUUCAUCUUUGGGAUUGUAGGGGUUCAGUUAUGGGCCGGACUCCUCCGCAACCGCUGCUUUCUGCCUGAAAACUUCUCCCUGCCUACCAGUCUAGACCUGCACAACUACUACCACACAGAGAACGAUGAUGAAAACCCGUUCAUCUGUUCUCAACCACGGGAGAAUGGCAUGCGUCUGUGCAAUUCCAUCCCUACUCUCCACGAGGAGGGCAUGCAGUGCCAGCUGGACAUGGCAGCUUACAAUAGCACAGACAACACCACCUGUGUCAACUGGAACCAGUAUUACACCAACUGCUCUGCCGGAGAGGCCAAUCCCUUCAAGGGGGCAAUAAACUUUGACAACAUUGGUUAUGCCUGGAUCGCCAUCUUUCAGGUUAUUACUCUGGAAGGCUGGGUGGAUAUCAUGUACUUUGUUAUGGAUGCUCACUCCUUCUACAAUUUCAUCUACUUCAUCCUCCUUAUCAUAGUGGGCUCAUUCUUCAUGAUCAACCUUUGUUUAGUUGUCAUAGCAACACAGUUCUCUGAGACCAAGCAAAGGGAGAGUCAGCUUAUGAAGGAGCAGAGAGUACGCUUCAGGUCCAAUGCCAGCACACUCAAUAGCUUCUCUGAACCAGGAAGCUGUUAUGACGAGCUGCUGAAGUACCUGGUCCACAUCAUUCGCAAGGCAAGCAGGCAGAUCGGGCACCUCAUCCGGGCUGCCGGUCGCUGGGCAGGCCUCAGGGUCUGUGCAUCUCCACAGUUGGAACCACCACCCACUAAAAGAGGUCGGCAGAGGCAACGUCAGGGGUCCAUUCGCAAUGUAUUGCACCAUCAUCACCAUCACCUACACCCACACUACCAUUUUGGCAAUGGAAGUGUCCGAACUGAGGUGGACACCGACUCCCAUAUUGGCCGUCCAAUGCUACCUGUGAUUGUCCCUCAGCCAGACCCCUGCUCUCCAUCACCGUUGUUGCUGUGUCCCGGCAGUGCCAAAUCUGUGCACAGUGUCUCUAACACUGCAGGUUGCUGUGGCCCAUCACCUUCUCCAAUGGUGCUCCAGGCAUACAAGAGGAACUCUGUGCCAUUUGCAGCUCCAGUCAAUAAGAACUAUCCCACAUUACAGCCAUCUCUGGCAUUAGAGCAGCACAGACAGAGAAUCCUAGAGCCAGGAGGAGGCAGCUGCACACCUAAUACCCUUACCAACCUAAACAUCCCCCCAACUCAUAUCAGCAACUCACAGUGCCUGGUGGAGACACAAGGUCCUCCAGGCAAGAUCAUCAGCAAGGACACAGACACAACUUUGACCUUUGAUCCUGAGACUUGUCCAUAUUGUGCAAAAUCAAUGAGCAAUGACUCAGAGGGAAUAGAUGGGAAUGAGACGGCAGACUCUGACAUUGAGGGCAUGUAUGAGUUUACUCAGGAUGCCCAUUAUCGGGAUAGCAGAUAUCCCAACCGGAAGAAGAAGUCUACAUUAGGAGAUCGGGCAGCGAAGGUGGUGCUUUUCUGGAGGCUGGUGUGUGACACUUCCCACAAGAUUGUGGACAGCAAGUACUUUGGACGAGGAAUAAUGAUCGCCAUUCUCAUUAACACACUCAGCAUGGGCAUUGAGUACCAUGAGCAGCCUGAUGAGUUAACGAAUGCUCUGGAAAUCAGUAAUAUCGUCUUCACCAGUCUAUUUGCUCUGGAAAUGCUUCUGAAAGUGCUGGUCUAUGGUCCUUUUGGCUACAUCAAGAACCCCUACAAUAUCUUUGAUGGUAUUAUUGUAGUAAUCAGUGUCUGGGAGAUUGUUGGUCAGCAGGGAGGAGGUUUAUCAGUGCUGAGGACUUUCAGGCUUAUGCGGGUGUUGAAGUUGGUCCGCUUCAUGCCUGCCCUCCAAAGGCAGCUGGUGGUCCUGAUGAAGACAAUGGACAAUGUUGCCACCUUCUGCAUGCUGCUUAUGCUCUUCAUAUUCAUUUUCAGUAUUCUAGGCAUGCACCUUUUUGGAUGUAAAUUCGGCUCUGAGAGAGAUGGAGACACACUUCCUGACCGCAAGAACUUUGACUCUUUAUUGUGGGCCAUUGUUACAGUUUUUCAGAUUUUGACUCAGGAGGACUGGAAUAAGGUACUGUAUAAUGGAAUGGCCUCCACCUCUCCUGUGGCAGCUCUAUACUUCAUCGCCCUCAUGACUUUUGGAAACUAUGUCCUGUUCAACCUCUUGGUGGCUAUCUUAGUGGAGGGAUUCCAGGCAGAGGGUGAUGCCUCAAAGACAGACUCUGAAGUGGAUAUCUAUGCACGAAGCUUAGAGGAUGUUUCUGGACAUAAAAGGGACCCAUCUGCCUCAUCUGUUGUGCCCAUCAACGGUCAUGUCGACCUAAAGACCAGCCUGACACCUCCUCGCAUCACUCAUACGGCUGCGACACCCAUGCCUGUUCCCAAGAUAUCAGGAGACCCAGCACUUGACUAUGAGUCUCGCAGAGGGAGCAAUGUAUCCAUGGAUCCCAGUGACCAAGAUAAGUCUCCGUCGAUUGCACGGAGCUCCCCUAAUGCCCCCUGUAGUUCCGCUAGCAGCUGGAACAGCAGGCGCUCCAGCUGGAACAGCCUCGGCCGAGCCCCCAGCCUCAAGAAGCAAAAGAGACAGUCUGGUGAACGGCGGUCCUUGCUUUCCGGUGACGGCCAGUCCAGUUCUGAUGAGGGUGAUGUUGGAGAAAGCAGGGGUGGAGGGGGUAUAUCCGAGGGCGAUGAGUACUCCCUUGCCAGGACGGACUCACUGGGCCAGAGGCCUCGGCACAGGCGUGUUGAGUCCCUGGAGACCCGCAGCUCUUUUGAUCUGCCUCCAGACACCCUGCAGGUGCCAUACAUGCAUCGCUCUGUCAGCAUACACAGUGCCCAGCCACCCAACUUCCUUAUCAAUGGCAAGAGUUCCUGUUCUGCAGCCAGUGCGCAACUCUCUCUAGACGAGCAUCACAGUGAGGAUGAUAAUACAGAUGAUGAAGGAAACCUGAGUCGCAAGGCUCGUCUCUAUCGCUGGUUGGAUCAUAAGCAGCCUCAAUGGUGUCGGCAGAGGGCCACCUGGUCCCUUUACCUGGUCCCUCCUCAGUCACGAUUUCGUGUGACAUGCAAUAAGAUUAUCACUCACAAGAUGUUUGACCAUGUGGUUCUUGUCAUCAUCUUUCUCAACUGCAUCACCAUCGCCAUGGAGAGGCCCAGAAUCGACCCCUCCAGCGCUGAGCGCAUCUUCCUGACGCUGUCCAACUAUAUCUUUACCGCCAUCUUUGUGACCGAAAUGACAAUAAAGGUGGUUGCCUUGGGCUGGUGUUUGGGGGAGAAGACCUACCUUAAGAGCAGCUGGAACGUUCUGGAUGGCACUCUGGUGAUGAUAUCAGUGAUUGACAUCCUGGUAUCCUUGAUCUCCAACAAUGGCACAAAGAUCCUGGGCAUGCUGCGAGUGCUACGGUUACUGAGAACCCUACGACCACUCAGAGUGAUCAGCAGAGCUCCAGGACUGAAGCUUGUGGUUGAGACAUUGAUGUCAUCACUUAAACCUAUCGGAAACAUUGUGGUCAUCUGCUGUGCCUUUUUUAUAAUUUUUGGCAUCUUGGGAGUUCAGCUCUUCAAAGGGAAGUUUUUUGUGUGUCAAGGGGAGGAAACAAGAAACAUCACCAACAAGUCAGAUUGCCACCUGGCAAACUAUAAAUGGGUCAGACAUAAGUACAACUUUGAUAACCUUGGGCAGGCUCUGAUGUCCCUUUUUGUUCUGGCAUCCAAAGAUGGCUGGGUGGACAUAAUGUAUGAUGGUUUGGAUGCUGUUGGUGUUGAUCAGCAGCCCAUCAUGAACUACAACCCAUGGAUGUUGCUCUAUUUCAUCUCCUUCUUGCUGAUCGUGGCUUUCUUCGUGCUCAACAUGUUCGUCGGUGUUGUGGUUGAGAACUUUCACAAGUGCCGACGGCACCAAGAAGCAGAAGAAGCCAAACGGCGUGAGGAAAAGCGCCUUAAACGCAUGGAGAAAAAAAGAAGGAGUAAGGAGAAGGAGCUAGCUGAAGCCCAGACUAAACCCUAUUACUCCGAUUACUCACCCACACGGCGUCUUAUCCACAAGAUGUGCACAAGCCACUAUCUGGACCUUUUCAUCACGAUUGUCAUCGGGCUAAAUGUCAUCACCAUGUCCAUGGAGCACUACCAGCAACCCAAGGUGCUGGAUGAGGCUCUGAAGAUCUGUAACUACAUUUUCACAAUCAUUUUUGUGCUGGAGUCCGUCUUCAAGCUUGUCGCCUUUGGAUUUCGCCGGUUCUUCAAGGACAGGUGGAACCAGUUGGAUCUUGCCAUUGUGCUGUUGUCUAUCAUGGGCAUAACUCUGGAGGAAAUCGAGGUCAAUGCUUCCCUUCCCAUCAACCCCACCAUAAUUCGCAUAAUGAGAGUUCUGCGGAUCGCUCGUGUUCUGAAGCUGCUAAAGAUGGCCGUGGGAAUGCGAGCUCUGCUUGAUACCGUGAUCCAAGCCCUGCCUCAGGUGGGGAAUCUGGGUCUUCUCUUCAUGUUGCUCUUCUUCAUCUUCGCAGCUUUGGGAGUAGAGCUGUUUGGUGAUCUGAUAUGUGACGAGCGGCACCCCUGUGAAGGUCUUGGCCGUUACGCCACAUUCAAGAAUUUUGGCAUGGCUUUCCUUCUCCUAUUCCGUGUUUCCACUGGGGACAACUGGAAUGGCAUUAUGAAGGACACACUGCGAGACUGCUCCCAGGACACAGGCAUCUGCUACAACACGGUGGUGUCACCCAUUUACUUUGUGUCCUUCGUGUUGACAGCUCAGUUUGUGCUGGUCAAUGUGGUGAUCGCUGUGCUUAUGAAGCACCUGGAGGAAAGCAACAAAGAGGCCAAGGAGGAGGCGGAAAUGGAAGCUGAGCUGGAGCUUGAGACUGUAGGUGGAGAUGGCGGAAUGUCCCGAGGGCAUAUGCCACCUCUGGGGCUUGGAGAUGUGGGUGGUACUGGGGGGUCAUCAUGGAUCUCCAGAGGCUCUCAGGAGCUGUCUGGAACCAUGUAUCCAACAGAAAGCCCACCAACAGACAUAUGCAGAGACUCAGAAGACCACAUAAAGGCAGAUUCUGAUCCUCCUCAUAAUAUGGCGCCACCAUUAGAGAACACAGCACCAUCAGAUCCCCCAGUCCCCCAGGAGUCAAUUGAGCCAACAAAUGAGCACCUGCUUUAUGUGAAGAAGACCUCAGUGGGCCGCACACACUCUCUGCCCUUUGAUAGCUACAUGUUUGUGCCGCUGCUGCCCAACUCAACCCACAGUACCCACACAAACUCAUCUCACCUAGCUCAGACAGGGUCUACUGGCUCUAUCCAAUCUCAAACGGAAGAACCUACUCAGCACUUGACUGUGCCGACCGAUCUGUUCCGACCGAUAAGUCCUCAUAGCCUGUCAGACUCAGAGAGCAUCCCUCGAAUCCCCCCACCUCGCCAGGCACACAUGCUCUCACGCACCCUACGUAGACAGGUGGCAGUGAGUGCUGACUCUCAGGAGAAUCUGUACAGAGAGGGAGGGGAAAAUGAGGGUCCUUUGGGGCUCAGGGAACUGUCCGACCCCUCUGUCAACUUCCAAUCUCAGCAGCAGAAGCACCAGCCCUCACUCUUUCUGGUUCCCGCCACGCCGGGUGCAUCUCCAAAACCCUCGAGAUCUAGCGUGCACACACAGCACAAUCCCAAUGACCAGUGCAAAGUUUUCUCCAGAUGUGCCCCCUCUCCGCCCCUACCUCUGCCCCCACCAGUCACCAGGGCCCCUGUGAAGCAGGUGGAAAUGGACUCAGCAGACCAAGAGGUGUCCUGUAUUAUCAGGGCAGGGCUUGCAGGAAGGAGCGACGAUGGGACUGGUGGAGGGAUGGGAAAUGAAGGUGCUAGUAGGCCUCAGCUUAAGAAGCACCACAGUGUGGACAGUCAGGGCCAGCAUGCGCUGCUGUUACCGCAGCCCUCAUCUUGGCUGGAGGACCCACGCCGACACUCCAUUGAAGUGUGCUCAUCCUUGGAGAGCAGUCCCCAAAGCAGUUCUAUUUCCUCCGGCUUUGUCUCACGAGGAGACAGCCUCCAACAGCAGUCCUCACCACGCAGCCGCAAGAAGAAGAUGAGUCCCCCGUGCAUCUCUGUGGAUCCGCCAGAAGGACUGGAGCUUCCAGGGGGAUUUCAUCCAGCUCUGGGGAUAGUGCCACUCCCACUGCCAAGCCGGGACACUUGCCUGAGGAGGCGAGCUCCAUCAAGUGACUCAAAGGACUCUUUUGAUUUGGGUGUUGGAGGAGAUGGACUGCCUCAAGAGGGUGUUCUGAACUCCAAGCUAUUGACUCUGCCUAGCUUCUCUUUUGAGAAAGCAAGCUCUGAGUACUGAACACUUGACUCGUGCACACACACACACACACAUAUUCAACACAGACAUGCACACAACACAUGAUGCACACUGUGUAUCUGUGAUGGUGAUAGUAAUAGUAAUAAUAAUCUUAGAGAGUAAUACUGCUUAAUGCAACAAUGGGGAAUACUCCAUGAUCAUGAGGAUUAGUUACUAUACCGUGUUUUUUUUUUUCUCUACUGCCAAAAGAAAACAAAAGGACGUUGUGCUGAGGAUUAAACAAGCUAAUAAUGGGACUCUCUCUCUCUUCUCAAAGACACGAUCACCAGACAUCAGACAUCUGUUGUCAACCUCAAAACUUCCUUAUGGAAGUCAGUACAGAGCCAGAGGGAGGGUGCCCCUUUCUGGCAAUUGUGAAAACUUCACAGCACUGUAUUGAUGCUGAACUCCCCAAAGGGCACUGAUGAAGGUACAAAGCAAUAUGAACGUUUUAGAGACACUAUUUUCUUAAAUUAUUGGGCCAUAGUGUUUGUAAAAGGUGUAUAAUUUCUUUUUUGGUUUCAUUAUAGUUUUAUUUGUGUCUUUUUGUGAAUUUUUUUUCUCAACGUUUAAAAUGUUGUUUUACUUUAUUUUUUCACCAUAGAAUAUUUUUUAGCUUUCUUGUCUUAACAAAGAUAAAAAAGAAAGAAAACAUUUUUCAAAGUUCCAGGAUCCAUGUAUUUGUAGGAAUAAU